AUGGCAAACCGCAAGCUGAAGAUACUGUGCUUGCACGGCUACCGCCAGAGCAAGGAUGCGUUUCGGGCGAAGACAGGGUCCUUCCGCAAAGGAGUGAAGAAGUUUGCCGAGUUUGUGAUGUUUGACGCACCGCAUCUCAUCGACCCUGAUGCCAUCAAGGACGACGACAACGCAGGAGAGCGAGGCUGGUACUUUUGCCACGACCACCACUACCACUCCACGGAGGAGACAAGUAGCUAUGUUGGGCUACAGGAGAGCAUUGCACGCGUACAAGAAGUGAUUGCAGAGCAAGGUCCAUUUGACGGCAUGCUGGCCUUCAGCCAAGGAGCGCAAUUCCUCGCCAUCCUCUGCGCACAGGCCCAGCUGGCGCGUGCAAGGGGGGAAGUGCCGGCCAUCGACCCGAAGUUUGCCAUCUUCAUUUCAGGUGAGGCGACGAUGCUUCCGAUCGACGCGCAGAACGCCAACACGGACCACGAGGAGCUGUUUGGGCCGACGAGCAUGGGCGGGCAGAGCGGAGACGCAAGCGCAGAAGGAGAGCAGGCAGGGCCGCCGCUUGUUGUUCACGUCCCAACAAUGCACAUCAUGGGAACGACUGACCAGGUGAUUCCUGUGGCGCUGUCGCAGGAGUUGGCAACAACGCACUUUGCUGAGCCCGUGCAGGUGGUGCAUGAAGGUGGCCACUUUGUUCCAUGGCCCAAGGCCAACACCCCACAGCGGGACGCCAUCCUCCGUUUCUUUGCGCAACGCGUCGCUGCUCUCGAUGCCUUGGCAUGA